CUGUUGAAACAGACAGUAGUCAAAAUGUUGAAAGUGAAACUGUUGAAACAGACAGUAGUUAAAAUAUUAAAAGUUAAACUGUUGAAACAGACAGGACAGGGGUCCUGUAGCCUGAAGGGCUAGAAAUGAAAUGCAAGCACAAAUGCAAAACAGUUGUUUUGAUCAUGGCGUGUAGAGCAUAAGAUAUGAUGUUUAAAAUUUUUUUUUUAGGUUUAAGGAUAAUAAAAAAAAAAAAAAAAAAAAAUAAUAAUAAUAAUAAUAAUAAUAAUGAAUGAAUUUGAAGAUUACGUUUGUCAAUGUUUAGUAGCGGUUUUGUAAGAAAACUUAUCCUUGUUAAACUGAAAUUUUUAUAAUUUGUUAAUAAAAAUGUUUUAUGUAUAUCGCAAAGUAUAUUUUGGAAGUAUUGCACGAGGUCGUGUAAUGGUCAGGAUGGCCGUGUCGACGCGGGCAGUUCGUUGUAUGAGUGUGAGGCAUUUCGCAGGAAUGUUAUUUCAUCAUUAUUUGGCAAUUGCAUCAGCCUCUAAUUGAGUUGCGAUUGGCUGAUGGCAUUUGGUAGUUUUGGAAGGUACCGUUUUAGCGCGGCGACAGCGCCACAACGCUGUCGCCGAGCGUGGUUCGAUGGUAGGCACAAAAGAAGAAGUGUGCGACGCAAGUCAGUUCAAUUCUAGACUUCGACCACCGAAACUCGCUGCGCGAUUAGAAAAUGGAACAGUUUAAUGACGCGUUUAUAUACACAUGUCCAGCCAAACAGGAAGUGUAAUAUUCAUAGCUCCAUUGUCCAUUUUGAGUGGACAAAAAAAGUAACGGUCCCGCUGACCAAAAGGGCACCAUACCUGCACUCUCCAAUGAGCUUCGGAAAAAAGAGUUGUAAAAAGAGAAUGGGAGUUCGAUGGAGAGCGGAGCGGUGGAGAGAGCAUCAUACCAUCACUAGCGCUUUCUUCGGCAUUUCUUUCGUCAGUUACCAAGCGAACCUCUAAGCGCGAGGUCGUUUUUUGAAGCUCCGCCAAGGGAAUUGUGACGAAAAUCGCUUGGGAAGUGCGCACGCAUGCGCAAAGCCAAAGAAAAGAAAGAAAGUGCGCACAAAAAAAUAUAAAAACAAACAAAUCGCGCUGGGGAAGUCGAGAAUUGUUAUUUCGUUUCUCAAGUGAGUAAAACAAAAACAAAAAGCAAGACGAGAGAGAAGAGAGCGAAAUAAAGUGUGCCAAGCGCGAAAAAGGUACAUAUUCAAAAAAGAAAUCAAAGUCAAACAAGAAGAAUCGGGGCUCCAAAAAGGAAUACGCACAGCCUAUUCUUCGACGCCUACGCAGAAGCUUUCUUCUUUCAACAAAUGUGAUUCAUGCCGCUAGCUUACUGUUACGCAUUUCACUUUGGCAACCGUUUGCUAAUUUAUUUAGCAGAAUAUUUUCAUGUUACAUUUUAGUUUUUUUUUACAGUGGACUUUUUUUUUGAUACCUUGAACUUGAUCUGUGAGCUCAUUCAACUCUUACAACCUGUUUGCAACAACAACAACAAGAUAAGGCAGGAACAACAACAAGUUUUGUAAUUGAAAUUGACUAAAACAACAACAAAAAACGCAACAUCAGUAACAGGCUCUAAUAGUUACCAUACUUUGAUUAUGCAAAGAUUGGCAAGAGAAAAUGCAUUUCCUCUCUCUCAGCUUUUUUCUCACUGAUAAGGCUAUUAAGGAAAAUAGCCAUUACAUAUUUUCUGAUAGUUCGCUAAGAAUGGAUUAUCUUAAUAAUCCAUGUAUUUAAAGAUAUUUUUUUAAUAUAUUAUCUUGCAUUAUUAUUUUUUUAUAAUUUUUAAUUCAGUUCAAUUUUGAGUUAAUUAAUACUUUGCCACUCAAUUGAAACUAGAUUAUUACCAAGGGCAGUUUGUGCCAGGGGAAGUACCACUGUAUCUAAGCAAACUGGUUGCAAGGUUGCACACUACGUGUGAGUGAAUGUGUUAGGGAAUUUGUGAGUGUGCAUCACAAUUGUUGCAUGCGGCUCGACCGGGAGUGAAAAGUUGCUAGCAGCUGCUUUUUUUCAGUUUUGUUUAUUCCAAUUGUUUUUGUUUUUGUAUCGCUGCCCAGUGAAGUUUUAUAAUAGACUGGGAGAUUUCACUUUUAUGUGGGCGGCCCCCUAUUCAUCACACUUCCCCGCUUCAAAACAAUCCGUUUCAUAUUCCACUUAUUUACAUUCCAACACGUGAUGCGACAGAUUUUUGAAAAAUCACAUAAAAUAUCACUCGGAUAUAUUAUUAAGUGUAUAGGUAGCAAUGAGAACGGAAGUCCAUGUAGUGACGAAGAGUAUCACGAUAGGGUAUGUACUAUAAAGUAACGAACAACUUGUUGAUCACUUUUUCCAAGAAUUAAAUAUACUAAACCCGAAGUUACGAAGUCAUUUAUAAAACCACAUAGCCAAAGAACAAUUUAAUUCAUAGCGAUAGGGGGACUGUUUGCAUUACCCAUUAGCCACCUAGAUUUAUCGAUCACGAUCAUUUGGAAUCGUAAUACUUCGCAGAGUUGAGGGAAUCCAGCCAAAUUUAUGCACAACAAAUGCAAGUUACGAAAUCGACGCGAUCGCAGCGAUACGAUCGUGAUCAAAAUAUUGAGUAUGAAAAUCGCACCCUAUAACCCGAUUACAUACGAAAUGUCUAUGAUACUUUUCAUGUCAUGUGUCCGCUUUUUUUCGGUUUUUAUUCCCUUAAAACUUGCUUCUUUAACCGAAAAUAAUAUGAUUGUCAUUGCAGCCACGUCGCAUCUAAAAUCAGCGACCUAUAUCUAUAUUUACAUAAAGUAGACACCCCCUAACUGAAUCCCAAGCGGAUCCCGACCCAGAAAAUGAGCUCGGCGAUCGUUGGAGCCGCCUCGGCCAUUGGAGGAGCGGUAACGGCGGCCACCAGCAACAGUUGGUUCAUCCCGAUGCUGAUGGCAGCGGUGGCCUAUUUCCAGUACGAGGAGAUCAUCGAUCCUGAAUCAAAGCCCAGUGAUGUGGGCGGCGACGACAUUCUCGACCAUUAUGACUUUAUAGUGAUAGGUGCCGGAUCGGCGGGUGCCGUGGUGGCGAAUCGAUUGACGGAGGUGGAGAACUGGAACGUGCUUUUGCUGGAGGCCGGUGGCGAUGAAACGGAACUCACGGACGUCCCUUUGAUGGCCGGCUACCUGCAGCUGUCCAAGAUUGACUGGCAGUACAAAACGGAACCAUCGGGAACAUCUUGCUUGGCAAUGCAAGGAGGUCGUUGCAAUUGGCCCAGAGGCAAGGUUCUCGGCGGAAGCUCAGUUCUCAACUAUAUGUUGUAUCUGCGGGGAUCUAAGCACGACUACGACAACUGGGAAGCCAUGGGCAAUCCCAGUUGGUCGUAUCGCGACGCUCUGUACUAUUUCAAGAAGUCGGAGGAUAACACUAAUCAGUAUCUGGCCAAUACACCCUAUCAUGCCACUGGUGGUUAUCUGACAGUUGGCGAGGCUCCAUAUCACACACCACUGGCGGCUAGUUUUGUGGAGGCCGGCGUGGAGAUGGGCUACGACAAUCGGGAUCUGAAUGGUGAAAAGAUGACCGGAUUUAUGAUUGCCCAGGGCACAACAAGACGCGGAUCGCGGUGCUCCACGUCGAAGGCUUUCUUAAGACCUGCAAGAUUACGUCCUAAUUUGCACAUCUCCAUGAACUCACACGUAACUCGCAUCAUGAUCGAUCCCGUGACAAAACUAGCUUUCGGAGUGGAGUUUGUAAAGGACCAGAAACUCUACCAUGUUAGGGCCACCAAGGAGGUGGUUCUAUCCGGCGGAUCGGUAAAUAGUCCGCAACUGCUGAUGCUCAGUGGCGUGGGUCCACGAAAGGAGUUGGCCAAACAUCGAAUACCGCUCAUCAAGGAACUGAGUGUUGGUGAAAACCUGCAGGAUCACAUUGGUCUGGGCGGCCUGACUUUUCUGGUCAAUCAACCCGUGUCCAUUGUGGAGAAUCGUUUUCAUACCAUGUCAACUGUACUGCAAUACGCUGUAUUUGGACAAGGCCCAUUGACCAUAUUGGGUGGAGUGGAGGGAUUGGCCUAUGUGAACACCAAGUAUGCAAAUAGCUCACUGGAUUGGCCAGAUAUUGAGUUUCAUUUCGUAUCCGGAUCGACGAAUUCCGAUGGCGGAUCGCAACUGCGAAAGGCUCAUGGAUUAACUGAUGCCUUCUACAGAGCUGUCUUCGAACCGAUCAACAAUCGAGAUGCCUGGAGCAUAAUACCCAUGUUGCUGAGACCGCGCAGCGUGGGAAGUAUUCGCCUGAGGAGCGGAAAUCCUUUCGAUUACCCCUAUAUCUUUCCCAACUAUCUGACGGAUGACUUCGAUAUGAAGACCCUGAUCGAGGGCGUGAAGAUAGCGGUGGCAUUAUCCCGAACGAAAGCCAUGCAGCGAUUUGGGUCCAGAAUUUCGAGCAUCCGCUGGCCGGGAUGCGAGCAAGUUCCCCUCUUCACCGAUGCCUUUUGGGAAUGUAUGGUCAGGCGGUAUACGUCCACCAUUUAUCACCCGGUGGGCACCUGCAAGAUGGGCCCCUACUGGGACAAGGAUGCAGUGGUGGACGCCAAGCUGAGGGUCUACGGGAUCCGAGGACUGCGCGUCAUUGAUGCCAGUAUUAUGCCCAAGUUGGUGUCCGCCAAUACGAAUGCGCCAGUGAUUAUGAUCGCCGAGAAGGGCAGCGAUAUGAUCAAGGAGUUCUGGAUCAAGAACACCAUCGUCUGAACGAAACUUACUUUAUAGAGUAGUUAAACUAUAGUUUUCUAGAGCUGAUUUCUUAGCAGUUAUAGGAACUCAUUAAUAAAUCAGCUCAGUAAACUGUGUUUUAUCCGUUGAAUGACUGAAUAUCUGGUUAUUGUGAAUGUCUUAAUGAUUGAACUGAGUUUGAUUGCCUGUGAGUGUUAAGAUUAAGUGCCUGCGAGUUGUGUAUAUGUUUUAGAAAUUAAGCCCAAGCUGAUGACCCAUCCAAAAUUAUUUUAUCAAACUCGAAUCAUCCCGUAUUUUUUUUGAAGUAUCUUAUAAGCAUGCCCUUGUAUUUAUUUUAAUAUAUUGUGAACGCAAUAAAAAAUUAAAAUACGGUCA